AAUUACCUUUUUAGAACCGCUGGGACAAAUAAAGUAAGAAAAUGUACGAUUACUGUCGCCAGUUUGAGGUAACGCUAGAGUUUAACGUCUUGCUUUGAAAACCGUAUAUUUACAACAGUAUUUUAGAGCAAUGAAUGUCGGCGAAGCUUUAUUUAGGUGUUUGUGGCGGUAACCGAUGCUAACAGUGGAGCUACUGUAUGUUAGCUGAUCUCUUGUUCCUAUUGUUUAUAUUUCCAGCCAAAGAAGCAGUUAUAGACUUUGACGUUAAAUAUCUGCAGAAUGAAUCCUUCCAACCCGUUUGGCAGUCCUCAGGGAGGAGCUUUCCAGGCUCCGAGCGGCACCAUGAAGACUGGCCUGUUUCAGUCUUUUGGGCAGCAGAGUGCCCCCAGUCAGACUCAGAGUAUGGGUUUCUUCCAACCAUCAGCCUUUGGACAGCCGUCUGCCAUGAACCAGCCUGCUCCUGUUGGGACUAACAUGUUUGGACAAGCCCCUGCCUUCGGACAGUCCGCAGCCCAGCCUCCAGCUUUUGGACAGACAUCAUUAGGAAUGAGCAAUUCGGCCUUUGGGGCCACAACAAAACCUGCCUUUGGACAGACAGGGAGCUCAACCCAGAGCUCAGCUUUUGGACAGGUGGGAGGCUCAAACCAGAGUUCAGCUUUUGGACAGACGGGAGGCUCAACCCAGACUUCAGUCUUCGGGCAGACGUCUACGAUGGGUCAAUCUGCUUUUGGGCAGACAUCCGGAUUCACCCAACAGGCUCCAGUGUUUGGUAAACAGCCACCAGCGUUUGGUCAGCAGCCUUCAGGGUUUGGAAACACUCAGAUGACCUCCAGCUCUACACCGGCCUUAGGACAACCUCAACCUCUGGCUUUUGGACAGCCUGUGUUCGGACCGCCAUCAUCCACGGCCGUCUCCACUGGUAUGUUUGGUGCAGCUCAGACUGUGACCCAGAGCAGAGGCUUCGGAUCAUCUGAGUUCAGUUUCAAGCCGGCCACUGAGGCGGUUUUCAAACCCAUCUUCAGUGCCAGCCCGGAGCCCGCCAACCCGCAGACCACUUCGCUGUCCAGCUCACCUUUUGGUGGUACAGGGUCCCAGACCGGCAUCAUGAGCAGCGGCAGCACCACCUCCUCCACCACCACCUUCUCUGUUUUGGCUGGGGCUAAGUCCGGCCCACUGGGCUUUAGCUUCUCCCAGCCAGCAGCAGCCCCCUCAAUCUCCUCCCAAAGCAAUCCCCUGACGACCAGCGACACCAGUGGUCCCACCAACACUCUACAGUUCACUUUUUCCCAACCCGCAGCCCCAUCCAGCUCCGGCACUAAGGCCUCCACGACAGAGCCCACCACCCCUUCAUCUUUCAGUUUCACUAGCAAAACCCUGCAGACCCAGCCUGCCCCACUCUUUGGGGGAUCCAGUUUCCCACAGCCUGUGUUUGGUGACAUCAAAGCCAAAGCAGAUACGAGCACAGAUGACAAAGCUAGCGGCCAUUCUGGCCUGGCGGACACAAAUGUAUUUGCACGAUUGAGUAACGCCUCCAAGAGGAAGAACGACAUGGCAGUCUCAGGCUCAGAAAGGCCUACUGUGGAGGACGACCUUCCACCUGAGGUAGAUUCACCAAGGCAUCCCAAAAAGAGGCCGCCGUUAACGCGAACCCGUGGCCCACCGGCGGGUUUGUUCGGGAGGGCACUCAUCGGCAUCCGUAAAGACGGAGGGACCGCCGUGAGGAAGGAGGCCAAGAAGGCGACGCAGCAGCAGGUCCCAAAGUGGGAGGAGACAGAAAGGGAAGAAGUCCAGGCUCAAGAUGAUGAAGUGACCGCCACACCGCCUGCAGUGCCGACGCUCAGCAAGGAGCCAGAGCAGAAGCAGGAAUCUGAGCCAGCAGGUACUUCGGCGCCAGCAGCUGAAACUGCAACUCCUGAACGGCGAGGUGUGCGCAGGCAGAGCUCUGAGAGCCUGAGUGGCUUAUCUCCCUCCGACUGCACCACCAUAAUGUGCAGGAACGUGCCUCCAGCGUUCAACAAGAAGGAGAUCAUCGAGAAGCACUUUGGCCGAUUCGGCAAAGUCCACAAAGUCUACUGCCGGCCUCCCAAGAACCUGGCCAUAGUUCACUUCAAUGACCAUGCAUCCGCAGCAAAAGCAAAGAAAAAAGGCAAAAUGCUGCACAAGCAGGAGCUUCUCCUCCUCUGGCAGAGAAAGAAGCAAAGUCCUGGACAAAAGGAGCAGAAGUUUGCAGAAGAAACGGUGCAAACAGAGGAAGAAAGCCAGGAGGACAUCGAGCCCAAGGCUGCUGCCUCCCCUCUCAAAAGACCUCCGCCACUCAGACCCUCUUUACUGGACAACCCGGCGGCCUUCAGCCACGGCUCUCCGCUGAAGAGGCCGUUGCUGGUGAAAUCCCUGCAGUUUGACACCGAGCCUCAGAGAGAUGCCGGCACCGCUGAGCCCGAGAACUUGGAGCAUCCCCUCCCCUCCUCGCUCCAUCACCUGGUCGGACAGGUGGCGGAGACCACAGAGGACAAGUACCGCCUCCUGGAACAGAGGGACAAGGUCCUGCGCCAAGGUCGGCCAAAACGCACAGACCUGGACAUGUCGAAGGUGAUCGUCGGGACGUGUCCCGACAUGUGUCCGGAGAAGGAGAGAUACAUGAGGGAGACCCGGAAACAGCUCAGCAUCUAUGAAGUCAUCCCCGGCACGGAGCUGGUGGAUCAUGUAACAGCCAUCAAGGAGUACAGCCGCUCCUCAGCGGACCAGGAGGAGCCCCUCCCGCACGAGCUGCGGCCGCUGCCCAUGCUGUGCAUGACCAUGGACUACCUGGUGACUCAGAUCAUGGACCAGGGCAGAGAGAACUACAGGGACUGGUACGACUUUGUCUGGAACAGGACCCGCAGCAUCCGCAAGGACAUCACUCAGCAGCGCCUCUGCUGUCCCAUGACCGUGUCGCUGAUCGAGAAGUGCACGCGCUUCCACGUGCACUGCGCCCACCACCUCUGCGAGGAGCACAUGUCCUCUUUCGACGCCAAAAUCAACAACGAGAACAUGACCAAGUGCCUGCAGAGCCUGAAAGAGAUGUACGAGGACCUGGCCAAGCGUCAGGUCUACUGCCCCCAAGAGGCCGAGUUCCGCCAGUACAGCGUGCUGCUGAAGCUCAACGAGGGCGACAUCCUGCGGGAGGUGCAGCAGUUUCGAGACGAGGUGCGAAAAUCCCCCGAGGUGAAGUUCGCGGUCCAGGUGUUCGCCGCAGUCAACAGCAACAACUUUGUGCGCUUCUUCAAGCUGGUGAAGAGAGCGUCCUACCUGGCAAGCUGCAUGCUGCACAGAUACUUCAACCAGGUCAGAGCGAAGGCUCUGAAGAGCCUGAACAUCGCCCACACGGUGGGUCCCCGGUCCACCAUGUUCCCAGUGGAGGAAAUCGUUCGCAUGUUGAUGUUUCGUGACGCUGUAGAAGCAGCAGACUUCAUCCAGCAGUACGGACUCAACGUCAACGAUGACAUGGCGGAGCUGAGCCGGCUCUCCUACCAGGACCCCGAGCUGCCGCUGUCCCAGAAGAAGUCGGCGGUCAUCCUUGUGAAGAAGGCGGUGUUGGUUGGAGAGGUGGUGAACGGCGCUCCGCUCCCCAAGCCUCCGCAGCACGUCCCCGUCUGCAGCUUCGACUCCCACAACAGGUUCUUUGGACAAGUUCCCACGGCUGAGCCUCCAUCCUACUUCCCAGCCGCGGCUGAGAGGGUGGAGCGUAGCGCGGCUCCCAGCGUGGCGCUGCUGCACCAGGUGGCGCCCGCCGAGCCUCUGGAGCCCCCGCCUGCAUAUCGCCCACCAGCCGCUGUCACAGAGGAGACCGGCGAGCCCGCCGAAGCCUAUCAGCCCCCGGCGCCGCCCGGAGACCCCCAGCAGCUGUUCCAGCCCAUCUCCCAACCUCAGCCCGUCAGACCUCCGUCACCCCCGCCCAAACCGAAGCCCGCGUACAGCGAGGAGGAGAUCCAAGCCGAGCUGGACGGCGUGAUCGGAGAGGUGGUGGACGCAGCAGUGAGGGAGGUGGCCGACGCCGGGGCCGGCUACGCCGCUGCAGCCCUCGUGGAGGGCAGCCAGCAGGUGGAGUCUCUGCUGGGGGAGGUUUUGGGGCAGAUGGUACAGGAAGUGUCCUCCACGGAGAUCAAAGUCGAACAAGAGCGCGUAGCCGAGGAGAAGCGGAAGCUGGAAGAAGCCAGGAGGAAGAAGGAGCACGAGGCCUUCCUGACCGACUUCACCUUCUCUCUCUGCACAAGCAUUGUGGAUGAAGUCGUAAAUGAGAGCGUGAAGGAGACCGCCUCCUCAGAGAUUCAGCAGGCAGUGAGCGAGAAAGCCGAGCGCGUGGCAAAGUGCACGGAGCAGGUCUGCAGCAGCCUGGUGGAGGAAACCCUCAACGCAGACAUCGCCGUGUUGGUGGAGGACGUCCUCGAAGCCGAGCUGCAGCGCAUCCACAAGUACAUCAAAAGGUGGCGUGACGUGGUGGCGGUCCGCCGUCAGCUGAAGAGACAGAUGAGGGGCUUUCCCGCGGCCCCCUGCUGUGUCGACCCCCGAUUCAAACUCAAGGCUCUGGUCCCCAGCGCCCCCGCACACCCCUCCAUGGCGGAUCUGGCCCGCGGGCUCGUCAAUCUGGGGAACGCCGGCACCUUAGCCCUGUCGAGCACCAGGUUGUUGAAGAUGAGACAGGCAGCGAUCCACCAGAUGAGAGUCCACCACUUCUACCAGCAGCUUCUGGAAGAGACGGUGUGGGCGCCCCUCAACCUGCCCGCGCUGCUGACCCAGCACAUCCCCGACCCGCCCGAGAGAAUCUUCUGGAAGGCCGUUCUCCUCCUGCCCAGCGAGCAUGAGAGAGAGGCCAGCCUGGCUGACAGGAUCUUGUCGGACUGGCUGGAGGUGAAGUUCGGUGGGCGGAGCUCCGAGGAGAGGAAGCAGCAGGCGGACGGCACCAUGCAGACUCUGUGUGUGAGCAGCAGCCUGCAGGAGCACCAGCAGCGCACGUACACCGUCCACGUCAGCGUCAAGUCGUCUCGAGGCCCGCUGACCGCCGACGGGCUCUCCAAGGUGGAGGAGGGCUGCGAGCUGCAGGGCGCCUCCGCCCUGGUCAUCCUGCUGCCCGCCCUGCCGGCCGCGGAGCCGGGCCAGGAGGAGCAGGACGUCCCGCUGCUGUCGGCUCUGCUGCAGCUCAAACAGCUCCAGCAGGCCAGCGCCGGGCACUGCCCGCUGCCCCUCGUCAUCCUGGUGCCCGGGCCAGACGGGGGCGCCGCGGAGUCACGUAAGCUGGAAGAAGCCCUGAAGCUGGAGACUCUGGUGAAGGAAGGGCUGAUAUCGGAGUACACCUUCUUCUUCAUAUCAGAGACCACGAGUGACCUCCAGGGAACCAAACAGCUGAACCAGGCCAUGAGCUGGCUGCUGGCCCGAGCUCCGCCGCCCUUCCAGCUGUCCUGCCAAACCCUGCUGCAGCUGGUGGAGGGCUGUCUGACCCAAGUCUUCAUCCCCCGGGUGGCCGCCGACUGCCAGGAUCGGGUGGAGGCGUCGCUUCCCUCCCAGGACGCAGCGCCCAUCAUCCAGUUCUACAACUCGCUCCUGGCUCACGUCGCUGAGCAGGUGUCGUCCAAGGAGCUGUGUAAGCUGUCCUGGCCGCCGGGCGAGUUCUGCGGGACUGAAAGUCUCGGAUUUGUCCCUCCGCUGUUCUGGAACUCUGCAGAGCAUCUGGCCUGGCUUCAGGAAGCCAUCCUCAGCCUGCAGCUCCCGGCGUGGGAGCCGCCGUCCGAGGCGGCCUCCUGGUCUGAGGUCUGCUCUUCCAUCUUUAACUACGUGGAUCGGGUCGGCGUCUCACCGGGCAGCCGGCCGCUGCUCAUCUCACACCUGGAAAAUCUCCUGCAAAGGGUCCGGCUAAAGGCCUGGCGUCCCCACGCCGCCAGGCCGAAGCGCGGCGAAGUGCACGGUGUGGGCGGGGCCUACAGGACGAUCCCAUGGGAGAGCGUGGUGGGCAUUUUCAUGGACUACAAGCUGAAAGACUGGCGACCACCCGGACCACCUGUCUGUGAAGAUGCUUUGACAGAGGACGGGGAGAUCCUGGUCUACUUCAUCACAGACAUGUUGAAGGACUUUCAGCCGCCUGAGGAGUGGAUCCAGGCCGUCAACAAAACCCACAGAGAGACACACCUGGAGCAGGAUGGGUCCAGCGCAGCAGCGAGUUACACCCCCAGCAGCCAGCAGCUCAGGCAGAGGCUGUUCCACAGUGGCCUGGAGCUGCUGGAGGCGCCAGCAGCAGGACCAAUGGACAUCACACACACCGCCACAGCGCAGGAGCUGCUAGCACACCGAGUCCUGGAAGACCUGGAGGAGGAGAAGGCCAAGAGCCAGAGGUGGAUGGAACAGCUGCAGCGCUGGCUCAAUGGGGAAGCCGCGGACCACUUAUCCACGCCGCUUCUGAUCCCGUCCUCCAAUAUUCUGUGCAUGCCCCUCACCAUAAGAACGCCCUCGACAGCCAAGACCAGGGACACCCCCGACACCGUGGAGCCGGAGCCCGAGGAGCCGCCGGAGGCCGCAGCCCGCCAGACCACACUUCCUGCACCGAUUUCAUGGCGCCUGGAGGAACUCCAGCAGCAGAUAGCGAGCAGCCAGGAGGAAGAAAUGGCCUGCAGACUGAAACUGAGCAGUCUGAUGAGCAUCGUUGAUGACUGAAAGCUGUUUAACUGUUUUCACAUCAGUUUAGUGUUCAAAUGCAAUAGUUUGCAAUCAAAACAGCCAAAUGCGUUUUUCUGUUUGAGUGGUGUUGUCACACUGAACGAGUGAAAGUGUUUCUGAAAGUUUUUAUGAAUUAAAAGUCUACUUUUGUAUGAGAGAAGAUUCUGAACUUGAUUUAAUUUUGUACCACUGACUUUAUAUGUAAAUCUUAUGAGAGUGUACUUUUACAAAUAGUAACUUCUUCUUGUUGCUCCUUUGUGAUGAGAGUUGUUCCACAAGUGACAUGUCUGCUUCAGAAGAAAAUCUAACACACUUUAUUAAUUCCAGAGAGAAUUUUUUAAAAGUAUUAUUGAAUGUUAAAAUAUCAAAAGACUCGGAAUAAAUGUAAGUAAAUGGAUUUCUUUUUUAAAAAUGUAUUUCAUUCCAGACAUAAAAACAAAGAUAUAAGAAUGCAAAAUCAAGAUAUAUACAAAAUAAAUGUAUGCUCA